CACCCACUUGAUUCUUUUGGAUGCUGCUGAACAUAUUCUGGAAGCGUUCUCCUCGGAGACGUCACCGCUGGCGUUCUAUUUAAAAACCACAAACCGCCUCCCCGAGUUCCAUUCGCCGCUUCUAACUCGCUCAGUUGACAGCCAAUCUUAACCAGCAUGUCGAUGGUGCCGAUGCUUUUCCGCGACUGGUGGGACGAUUUCCAGCUGCCGCGCUCGCGCGUCUGGGACCACAGCAACUUCGGCAUCGGCAUGCACAGGGACGACCUGUUUCGCGCGCACGACAACGUCAUGCGACCCUGGCGGCGGCCGCAGAGCGUCAUCGUGCACCCCAUCCAGACCGAAACGACCAGCACCGACAACUCGGUCUACAGUGCCGUCAUCGACGUCACCCAGUUCACUCCAGCCGAGCUGAGCGUCAAGGUCCAGGGUGGAGCCGUCGUCGUGGAAGGCAAACACGAGGAACGAGCCGACGACCACGGAUACAUUUCCAGACACUUUGUCCGGCGUUACGUGCUGCCGGAGCAGUUCGACUUGGACCAGGUCAACUCCAGUCUCUCCUCGGACGGAAUCCUCACCAUUUCUGCACCCAAGAAGACUUUGCCAGGCAGCGGUGAAAGAGUGGUGCUCAUCCAGCAAACGGGAAUUCCUGCAGUGAAGGCGGCAGCUACCACCACGUCUGAGCCGACAAUCACGCACCCGCAAACACCCCAGCCGAUUUAAUCGCGAUAAAUAGUUUUUAAUUUAACUUAUUCGGUGAAUGUUGUGCGUCCAAAUUAAAAAGAUUUAUUUAA